AUGUCAGAUAAAGCGAUGCUCGUUCUGGGUGAAGCUUCUGAAUCCGACGAUGAAGACUUUCAACAAGUUGAGAACGCAAGAAGUGGAAUGGUCGAGAGUGACCACACAGAGUUUGAUACUGAUACCAAAUAUCGAGCAAGCAAUUCAAAAAAUAGAAAAAGUCGAGUGGGAAGAGAAAGUUUUGCCAGCCAUUCCGACAAUUUUAAAAUGUCUGAAGACACUUUACUGCAUAGAAAAUUAAAAGAGAAAAAUAUGCAGUUCUAUUCAAAUCUUACAACAUUCAACAAGCAAAUGUAUAUUAAUGCCAUGAAUCAAAUGAAUGAAACAGACCAACAAUUAGUCAAAUCUCAAGUAUUACUUCAAGAUACUGUGUCCAACUGGAAGUUUAUUGAACAAAAUUUGUCGCACAUCAAACGUAAGAUGACUGAUAUACUGGCUGAGGAGUAUAUUCCAAAAAUUAAAAUUUGA